AUGAUUCAUUUACCUCUUAUGGCCGAUACCCAAACAAAAUAUCACCGCAACAACCGUCGCAACAACACUUCAAUGUCCAACGCUUCCAGCAUGCUCCUUAAAACUUCAAAAUCCACCACUGACAAAACAGGCUACCUAAUGGUGGGAGAUCUAAUUUUACUUAUGAUCCAGACCCCCAACAAAAUUUACAGUGGCUGUUUAUCAGCUGACGGUGUCGUUUCCCACAACCUCGAAAUCAUCCCAAAAACCUCCAUGUCAGAGCUUGGCGCAAACGUACUUACCAGAAGCUGUUUAUUUAGAAUAGAAAACGCCCGAAAAGUUACCAAAGAAAACUCAAGCAAGUCUGAGUCAGAAUUGCGCAUUGCCGUAGGCAAGGCAAUUACCUAUGGAGAGCGUGUUCAGCUGCAUCAUUUUCAUAGUCAAGGAUAUGUAUCAGUAAAUUCUAAAGUCAUUGCAAAUGAAUCAGGGUGCUUAAGUGUAGAAAUUGAUAAGGAAGGAAUUGAGGCAAGCUGGUUUGAAAUAAAACCGGUGAAUAAGCUGAGAAAACAUGGAGAGACGAUAAAAUAUACUGAUGAAGUUUUGUUUCAGUGUAUAUCAGAAAAAUCAAAAUAUUUUUUGCAUGCGAAUUAUGAUUCAAAUACCAAACAAACAAGUAAAAUUGAAGUAUACCUAUACCUAAUGAUAGCCGCUACCCUAUUUUCAUAUAUAAAAUAAGAUAACGACUAUAUAUAUAAAUGUAUAAAUUCAAGCGGAACCCCAACACAAUGAAAACCAAGGCGCUAUUUAAGCUAUGAUUAUUUUACUGAUACCCCAAGCUACGUUAUGACUGGAGAUUCCUUCAGAAUUUAUCAUCGAAUCACAGAAGGAUAUUUAAGUGUAACUGAAGCUUCAUUAGUAAAUAAAAAUGACCCUGAAAUUUUUUUCGAAAAAGGUAAUAAAAGCAGCAAUUCCUUGUGGGAAUUUCAAAGGCAAAUCACUUUUAUGGGAGGUGCUGCCAAAUGGUCAGAAAAAUUAAGAAUAAAGCAUUUGCCGACUGGUCUGUUUUUAAGAGAAGGAGAAAAUGCUAUUGAGUUGACGUCAAAUGAUAAAGAUCCUGCUACUUUAUUUACCUUAUCGUCUGAAUCGGCUGAUUACCAUGAAGAUGAAAUUAAAUUUGGCUCAAUUUUAUCCUUUUGCACCGAAAGUGGACAAUUUAUUUGUGUCAGUAAUGAGAAUCCACAUUUUUCUAACAAAAAAGAAAAUAAAGGCGAAAAGCAUAAAAUCGGCUUGAGAAAAGACACAAAAGACUACUCCGGGGUAGCCUUUUUAAUAGAAGAUGUCCCAGAAGCCCAAACUGCCCACGUGUAUCAGCUUGCUUUAAUGAUCCCAUAUCUAAAAUCAUUUUAUGAAUAUUUUUCUAUAUACAUUAAAAUGGUGACGGCGAACCAGCCCUUUUUCUCAACACCUGCAGCUGGCGUUCGCUGGGGACCGUGUGUGAAGGGAAAUAGGCGCUCGGGGUCUAUAUCCGGCUAGGUUUUUCCUUGGCACAGUGGAGCGCAACGUCGGAUUAGGCCGACCGCAGCUCAUUCUGACACCAAGGGUUUUGCCUCAGGGGAGAUGGUUUCCAAGGUUGGAAAGGGGAAGCUCAGCAGUAUCAGGAAGGUACCUCCUGAUCAAUCGAUAAACCCCCUAGCGUGAAACUGGGUGUUACGUCCCAGGCUUUGGAUUUCAAUUUUGGCCGACAGUCCUACCAGAAAAUUUGUUUUCAAAUUUUCGGAAUUGGCAAACUCUGUUGACGUACUGCUGGGUGGCGUAACUCAUCCAACUAUGGGUAGCGAGUGCACAUCCUCGUCCAGUAGGAGCAACACCUUGAAGGUCGUGAUCGAUUGGUGGUGAGCAACCCGGGCGAAGCGUGAAGGGUGAAGGUAGAGCGGGGGAAAACCUAGCUAUAACGACGGGCCUCUUAAUAAUAUAGUUAAUCUUAAUGAAAAAGAAUAUUUUUCUACUUUUAAUAUUUCUGAUGAAGAUUACAAAGAAAUGCCUGAAAAAUACCAAGUUUUGAAAAAUGAGUGCUCAAAGCUUGUAACAAGCUUAACUAGCUUAUCAGCCCACAUUAUGAAUUCAAAAUCCUCAAAAAUUGAUAUAGCAAAACAACAAAAUUCAUUAAAAGAAAUGGGAGUCACUGAGUUUUUAGUAAUUUUAAAUGAACUAAUCCAACACAAAAUGGAGACUGGAAACUUAAUGGCUUCAAUUAAUACAAGAAAUUCUGGGCUACAAGUAAUUGAUAAGCAUUUAGCAGACUAUUUAAAAGAAGCCCAAAAAAAAAUUUGUGAAUUAGUUUAUUUUUCAGUUAAAGGUAACAGUAAAUGCUGCCAAAGUUUAGUAAAAUAUGAAGACCAUUUAAUCCAGUUAAUGAAAACAGCUGGAAAUAAAUAUAUAAGGCAAACUUUGAGAGAAAUUUUUAAAUACAGCAACGAGUUCUCUGCAAAUAAUGAAGAAAAAAUGAAAAAUUUAUUUGCAGGUCUUGUCCCAAUUGUGUUUGGGCCUGGCAUAAUAAAAGAGCAGACCAUUUAUAUAAAUAUUUUGAAGUCUAUUUGUGAAUGUAGAGGCCAAGGCGUGCUUAAAUAUCAAGCUUUGGCAAGAAAAAUGCUAUUUGAUAAUGAAGAAAAUUUUAGUUUAUUAAAAUUUGGGGUAAUUAAUGGAAAUCCUACAAUAGAAUUUGACUACCCAAAAGGAAAUUAUUCAAUAGAAGAAGUUCUAAAUGCAAAUCCUGGGCUGAAAGAAAUAUGGAUCAAAGAUGAUGGUGAUUUAAUUGGAAAUAACGAUAAAGCCAUUUUCUAUGUGGAUGAUAUAGGGAACCCAAAUUGUAUAUAUAGCAAAUAUAUGAGGUACUUUAUUGAUAUUUAUGAAAUAAUUUUUUAUAAUUAUCAUGAUUUUAUAUUAAAUUGGCAUUUUUAUUGCAAUUUUAAAGAAAAAUUAUAAUAAUUUAAUAUAUUUCUUCAGUAAUCGAAUUUUUUUCAAGCAUAUGCUUAGACAGAUACACACAGGCAAUAGAAGAAGUAAUUAACACCCUCAAACUUACUCCAGAGCAUAUCCGGCUGACUCUAAGAAGCACAAGCAUUUCUUUCAGCUUAAAAGCUGCCUAUCUCAAUAUCUGCAGAACUGUUUUUAUUGACGUCGACCCAUACAUCUCCAUUUCCAAGCACAAAAUGAGAUGUUUCUAUUGGAACCCUAUAAAAUCCCCUAUAGAAAAUCCUCCCCACCAAAUGAUUGACGAUUUUUUUAUUUCUUUUAUUAUGAAUUUUUGGACUACCCACGAAGAGCUUGAAAGGUUCCCCAAAACUCUUCAUUUAGGCUGCAAAUGCUAUUUGGUUACCUGUUUUUUAAGAUUUACCAGGCAGCUUACAGACCUAGAGCUUCUUGAAUAUGAAUUUAUCAGUGUUUUAAUGGAGCCACUCUGCUUGUUACUUAUGAAUAAAGAAAAAAGAUCAAAUCAUUGGAGCUAUAAAUUAGCUGCAGGGAUUAAAGGGCUUUUAUUAACUGAUUAUAACCAUGGGCUAGAUAAAAGAUUUACCUUCCUUAAAGAAGAAGUUUUAUAUACUUUGCAAGUUUUUAUGCUAAAAAAACAUAAUAUUCUGAUUAAAAGGACGCUGGAAAUUGCAAAUAAUUAUUUUUCAAAGCAAGAUUUGUCGCUUGCUGAUAUUGAAAAUUUUAUUAAAAAUGAGUUUGAAGGGCUAUUUAAAGAUCUUGACUGGGAUUCUUACCAAAGAACAUUAAGCAAUACUUUAUUUACAGGAAUCCCGAAUACUUAUAGCCCUGAUAAAAGCCAAGUUUUAGCUCGGACCGAAAAUAUAUACCAGCUUGAUAUUUAUUUAUUAGAAAUGCUAUUUGACUCUAGCAAAGCCAGCAAUAAAAAACUAAAAAAAUUAUCCCUACUCCAUAUCCUUGAUGGGUUAAAAAUUUUUUGGAUAUAAAUAUAUAUAUAUUAUUUUUUACGUUUUAAAUGUAUAUAUAAAAUUUCAAUGUACGAAAAUUGUGGGGUUAUUUUUCCAAUUUUUCAACUAAUCGUUCUAUCAAGAUGGAGGAGCUAGAAUUAAUCCUAUCAGACUUAAAACUUCGAAAAAUCCUCAAAAAAGAAUGCUUAAAUCUUGAACUUCUAAUGGACAACACCACAAAAAACAUAUACAAAUUCCUAACCCAAAGAAAUAAAGCUAUUUAUGACUGCACCCGGACUUUAUCCUUACUUCAGCAAGAAAAGCUUGCAAAAAAGCUCGACAACCAUUAUUUUGAAACUCUCAAAAGGAUCACCUCUAUCAUUAUUGACUGCUCUAUGCUUUUUAAAAGAGAACAGCUAGAUGACUACCAAAGGACGAAAUACCAAAAUAUGGUCAGAAAUUGUGGCCUUUUUGAAACCUUAAUAAGCGUUCUCGACCUUGAUUUUACCGACACCCACAAGCUUCUCUUUAAGUCCACAAUUGAUGUGCUUGCUCUUGCAUGCUGAAAUAAUAAAAAAAACCAAAAAUUGUUACUGCCUUAUGUAGAUAAAUUUAUGACACUUGUAAUGCAGCUUGUUGGAGCCAUAAAAUUGCUAGCACAAGUUUUGUCUUGCUAUAGAGAACAAGAGCUAGGCCAAGAUGUGAUUAGAAUAAUUUUUGAUUUAUUAGAAAAAAAUGAAAACCAGUACCAUUUAUUGCAGUUUUUGAGGACUUUUGUGGUGAAUGAAAAAAGGGAGUUGAUUGAAAAAUUACAAAUUGAUAUAUUGAAAGGGAUUUUUCAUAAUAAGUCGAUAAUCAAAAUGCAUUGGCAUGCAGGCAACCAUUUUGAGUUUUUAAACCCCAAAACUGCAGGUGCUAAUGAAAAAGAAACAAUGGACAAGACUAGAUUUCAUAUUGAAGCCAUGAAAUGUAUUACAGUCUGCACAAUGAAUAACAGGUUCGGAAUUCUCCAAGGUCGAAAACUCCUCACUUUAAACAGCUUAAAAAAAUAUUUCAGGUCUCAGCAGUCUAAUUUGUAUUGUAAAAAAGCUUAUCUCCGAUUUUUAUUCCAAGUUUAUAUGGUGAAAAUAGAAAAUGUUGUAGAAUCUUCAGUAAAUUUGAAUACUUUAGAAGAAAUUCUUAAAGAAGUUAUAUUGGAAGAUUUGAAAGGAUAUGAGGAAAAAUUAAAUCAGCUUAUCCCACUAGCUUAUACAGGUGUCUAUGAAAAUGUAUUGUGUAUGAGGUCUAAGGAAAGUAAGUGGAAGGCGGUGAAAAAAAUGAUACUGGAAAAUCAGCUGCAGGACGCAGGAAAAAUUUUUAUUCAUAUGAAAAAGAAAAGAUAUGCUCCAGAUGGGGCUGUACUUCCGAUUUCUAAAGAAGAUCAAAAUAUAAUUGACUAUUGAAAUUAUUUGUCUGGAAAUAAAGCGUGGCAUUCGGAAAAAGAUGGGAUUUUGCAUAUUUUGAGAGAUAUUUACCAUUAUAAUUCUUUAAGAGAGCUAUCUCCUUCUAUUAUUUAUGUAUCUCAUACUAUCUUAACUGUCCUUACUCCCUUUUAAGAGCAAAACCAUUGAAAACUCCUUAUUUUUGGAAAAAUUAACCCACUUUAAAACCAAGCAAUAUUAAUAUUUUUAUAGUAAGUUCUCUAGUAACUUUAUUAAAUUUUAUCCAUUUUGUAUUUCAAAACUUCAAAAAAAUAUUCUAUAUGAUAUUUUUUGUAAAAAAAAUUAAGCCUCUUUAAAAAUCUUGUUCGCUUUAAAGAGGAAAUUAGCGAAAUGAGCACCAAGUUGGAGCUAGCCCAGCAAGAGCACUGCCAGCUCGAUUUUUCUAACCUUAUUUUAAUAGUCAACCUCUGCAGAGAAUCCAUUUCUUCUACUAUAAACUUCCACAUAGAAGAACCUCCAGACGCACCACAGCUGAACAGCCUCGUAGUAAAGCUCAGAGAAUACAUUUUAGAAGAAAAAUUGACCCUUGAAGAAGCUUUUUAUAUGUUCGAUUCCGACAAAAAUAAAACAAUAGACUUCAACGAAUUCAAAAGAGGAAUUCUCUGCUUAAUCCCAUCCAUUAGUAACCGAGACAUUGAAAGUGCCUUUAUUUAUAUUGACCAAGAUGGAGAUGGCAACGUCACCUAUCAAGAAUUUUCCAAUAAACUUAAAGGCUACUUUUACAAGCCAAAUAAUAUUACUCAUAUACCCACAAAAAAGUAUAUUAUAGGGGAACCAAAUAAUCGAGCAAACGCUGAAAAUGAAGAAUUAAAAGAAGACCGUAAUGUUAAGCUGAAUUUAGAAGACUUUAUUAAUUUAUUUUCUGAGUAUUGCAAAGACGAAGAUUUAAGCUUAGUUGUUGGGAAAAUAAAAAAAAUAUAUGUGGACCCUGCGAUUAAGGCAGGGGAAAUUGGACCGCUAAAAAAAUUUGUGGCAAAACUUGGGACUGCUUUUAAGAAAAAUGACCAUAAAAUUUAUUUAUUGAGUAUUUUAAGAAAAUUAAUACCGGAGAGAACUGAUACUUUAUCUAUUUUUGAUGAAGAAAAUCGUGCAUAUGAAGCUGAAAUGCAAAGUCUGAAGAAAACCCAAGACAUUCUAAGUCAAGCUGGGGUCUUAGAGCUUGCUUUAACUAUCAUAGGAAAUGAGCACAAUUUCAAGCUGACAUCUGAAGCUAUAAAUUUAAUAAAUGCAAUGCUAGAUCAAGGCAACUCUACAGUCCAGCUAAAACUCCUAAGCUUAUUAAAAGAGUCCUGAAAUUCUCAUUUAUUUUCUUAUAUUAGAGCCCAGCUCCGUCUCAGCCGUGACAGAAUUGUAGAAACCGUCCACAAAACAUAUAAAGACAAUCCUGGAGCUACAUUAGCUGCGAAUCUCUCAGAAGAGCAGCUCCAAGAAGAACAAAUUUUGCUAUAUUGUCCAUCUCCAUCAGAAUAUAUAGAAGCCCAAACUGCUCAUGUAAAAUCUUUAAUUCGCUUUAUUCAGCUUUGUUGUGAAAAUUGGGUGGUCAUAAAGUUUUUUCCUAAGGGGUAAAAAACCAUUUAUUUUUCUUAUAAAAAUUACCAUAAUUUACUCCUUGGAUAUUUUUCACAACAACCCAUGAAAAUUGUUGCACAGAAUUCCAGAACUUCUUCAGGUCCCAAGAAGACACUUCCAACUCAAAAAGGCAGCUUUCUAUUAAUAUGGUAAACGAGCUAGCCCAAUUUUUAAUCAACAUUAAAGAAGUUGGCCCUCAGCUUUAUAAUGAUUACGAGUCCAGAGAGCUGAUCCCUGUAUGUUUUGAAGCUAUGAUUGACUUGUGUAAAGGCCCAUGUGUCGAUAACCAAAUUUUACUAGGCACAAAGCAAAAAUUAUAUAAAUUUGUGAAUUUAAUUUUUGGGUAUAAAAAACAAAAUAAUCUGCAUAAAGACUAUUUUGAAAGCGCUGUAAAAUACAUUAAAGCAUUGCUGGAAGGAGAAAUAUGCAAAGAAAUCGGAGAAAUGAUGUUAAGUGAAAUUAAUUUUAAAGGACUCUCGGAGAUUGCAUUAGAAAUUUAUGUGAAUUGUAUACACCCGAAUAUGAAAUAUAUUUUUCAAGAAAGAAUUGAGGAUGAAGCGUAUUCACAUGAUUUUAUUACAAAAAUUUGGCUGAAAUUCAGAUGGAUUUUUAAGUCAGAAAGCUCAAAAGGGAUAUCUAGAAAAGAUUGAAAUACGGCAAUGAUUGGAUUUGAUAUAUAACAAUUACUAUUAAUUUCUAUAAAAAUAUAUUAUAAUUUUGAUUAGUCAAAAAUUUUUAAAAAUUAAUUUAAAUGAGGAUAGUUAUCAUUAAUUUGAAAUUAAGGGACGUUUUUCCAAAUGAAGAUGAAUUAAAAUGGCUUGGAUUUUCUGAUAAACGACCUGACCAUAAAACAAAGUUUAAUAUUGACAGCAUUAUAAGAAGAAUAAAUUUCUUAGGAGGCAGAAAUGAAAGCAUAAGAAAUACUAAUUUCAUGUUUGUGCAGAAGAAAUUCUUUAGGGACUAUUCCAAAGACCUUUCUAUGAAUAUGGCUUAUGAGUUUUUUAUGCUAUUUUAAUUAAAAUUUCCCAAAUAUAAAAUUUUUUUUAUUUAAAAAAAUCUAGCUCCUUAUAUUAAAAUUUAUUAAAAAUCGUAUAUCUUUCAUUUAUUUCUUCUGUAGAAAUCGAAAAAGACGGCAAAUUAGAGCAAUGCUACUUCAAAAUCCCUGCAAUGAUCACUUUUCUAUCAGAAAAGCUUAGAGAUCAAAUGGCUUUUUCUGUUAGCCGAGACUCCCACGAAGAAAAAAUGAAAUCUUAUUUCCAGCUUGUCGACAAAUAUAAAAGACAUAUGCAGCAUCUACAAUAUUUAAGUAGAUUUAGAAACCUCUCAUGGUUCUGUAGCAAGACAAAAACAAUAGAAAACUUCAGCUACGCUAUGGUCGUUUUCAUAAAUUGCUUACUAGUCGGAGGUAUGAAGUCUGUAAAUGAUACCAAUUUAAAUGUCGGCUAUUUCCCAGGUACGUAUUUUUUUAAUAUUUUUGCCGCAAUAUUGAUAACACUUAGAGUCGUUAUAUUUUUUUUCAAUUUAGCUGAAAAUUACCCUUUAAUUCUUUACGAACAUCUCGAAAAGCCAAAAGAUUCAGACAUUUAUAACAUGCCUGCUUUAUACAAAUUCAGAGGGACAAUAUUAAUGAGAUAUUUUGUCCAAGACUCUACGUCUAGACGUAAAAAAAGAACGGUUGGGUCUACAAUAAAAUGUUUUUAUUUAAUUACCUCAUUCCAGAACUUAUACAAUAUCUUGUUUUUCAUUAUUGUCUGUAUAGCUUGAAAUAACCCUCUGUGGUAUUCUGUUUUACUUUUGGACAUUCUUUAUAGAAGUGAGGAGCUCAGGAAUAUUGCUAAAGCUGUAACUUUAAAUUGGAGACAGCUAGGACUAGCCUUAAUUUUAGGGAUCUUUUUUGUAUAUAUUUUCAGCAUUGGUGCGUUUUUGUGGCUUGGAGAAUACUAUAUAACCCAAUCAGAAGGCGCCCAGUUAACUACUUAUUGUGACACUUUACUUAUCUGUUCAGCUAGUACCUUAAAUAUUGGCAUUAGAUCAGGUGGAGGUAUAGGUGAUGGCAUAAAAACUCCUACAAUAUCAGACCAUCUCUACGGCUUCAGAAUGUUUUUUGACAUCAUGUUCUUUAUAAUAGUCAUUGUAAUUAUGCUGAACAUUAUUUUUGGUAUCAUUAUUGACACUUUUGGAGAGCUCCGUGACGAAAGAAACGCAAUAGAAAAAGACAAUAAAUCAAUCUGCUUCAUCUGUGGACGCAUGAAGUCAGAAUUUGAACUGAGAGGCUCAGGAUGGACUGCCCACAUUCAAUCAGAACACAGCGUUUGGGCUUAUUUAGCCUACUUAAUAUCAAUCCAAAGAAAAUGGCUAACUGACUGUGAUGGGAUUGAAAAAUACGUAAAAUUGAAAAUGAGGCAAAAAGAUGUGAGUUUUAUGCCACAGAGCUCAGCGUGCUUAAAAGAAAAUAAAAGGAAAACUGGGACUGUUGAAGAAAGAAUGAGCGAAUUAAGCACAGGAAUUGAAGGUAUAGGACUUGCUUUAGCAAAAUAUAAAAAAACAUUAAAAAAAUAA